GUGGUCGGUUUCAAAAGAGGUGGUCGAUAUGUGGUAGUCUCACCAUACCAAGUCCAUUUAAAUUCAUUGCCAUUGGCAUUGCAUUUGCAACAAUGAAAUUAUUCAUGACAUGUUAGUGUUACGGUAUUUCAUAAUUAAUUAGGAACAAAUUACAAAACUCAAAGCUGCACAUCGUCAUCGACAUCGUCAUCUGUUUCAUUUUCAUCGGCCAAAAUUUUGAAUAAGGCAAAAGUUAAGAAUUAAAAGUUGUGGGACUGGUUAGGAUUGUAACUGCACCGCAUGCAGCAUGUGCAGUGUGAUGGACAAAAGAGGUUGCAAUAACUCACACAAAAAAGAAGAAAAAUUGUAUCUGUUUGCAAUUUUAGAAUUCUGUUCUCAGAGUUUAAUUCCUUACCUUAUUCCUACAAUAAUUUGAAUAGAUUUUAAAUAUUUAGGCAUGGACAAAUCCAGUUACUUUCUUUGGAUUGGAUGAGAAAUGAUUGUGUAGGUGUCGUCUUGCGGCAAAAUCACAAGUCAAGGUGUUCAGAAAAGAUGGCAGGAUGUCUUGUUAUUUUGAAUAGGCAAAGUGGUCAGUUUUGAUUUUGGGUGUGGAAACGACCCACAACGAACAACAACGACUAUUGUUGCCUUGUUCAUCUGCUUUCCGUUUUUUACUAUAAUUUCUUUGUUGAAACGGUGAGUCUACAUGUAACUUUCAGUUAGGAAAAGGAAAAAAGAAAGAAAGAAAGAAAAAGGUUCCCUGGAAAUCAUGCACGAUCACCUCUCCUACCCUGUAUUAAAACGUUAUCCUGACAAGCCUGCUCUGUUUUAUUGUUGUGUGCUUUGACUUCAGUAAAUGUCUGAAAAAAAUAGUUACCGCAAUUUAGAGGUACACCUGUAGAUGUCUAGCGUUAAUCAAUCUUUCCAAUAUUCAAAUUUUCAUAAACUUGAUCAUUGUAAACAAACUGCAUACAGUAGCUGAGAAUCGGGGAGCUCGGUAAAAAAAAAAACCAGGUGGUGAAGAUUUCACACUUGGCCUGGUAAGGGUCAAGAAUUGUGGGGGUAACCAUCGUGAUUCCUCAAGAAAAAGAGAAAAUCAGCAUCCAGUUUGUACAAUCCAAAAGUAAGGUAGACUGAAAAUUGCAAGAUUGUUGAAAGAGCUUGUAUGCGUGAGACACAAUGCUUUUUAUUUGUUUUGUGGGGAUAUGCAUAAAAAUGCUGGAAUUCUCUACCUCAACAUCCAAAUUCAUGUACAGUUAUUAUUAAAGAAAACCAUUUUGUCUCGUGCAAGCAUUCUUUCUCAAAAACAAUUUAGCCAUUUUCAAUCUACUUUUUGCGUUGGACAUACUGGAUGCCAUUUUUUUUUCAUGAAAAAGAAUUUAGAAUCAUUUGGAGUUGAUGGAUGGAACCAUGGUUUAAGAUUUUGCAAACAUUCAGCCCCAGCCUGUAGGGCUGAUCUAUAACUCUGGUAUUGGUGAUAAUAAUUGAAAGUACAUGUAAUAUUCUGCUUUUAUGACACACUUAAUACAAUUUGCAUGAAAGCAGCAUCCCUAAAAACAGGUGUAUCAUGCUAAUCCCUCCAGUCUGGGUUUUUUGCCAUACUUUACCAGUUUUGUGUUUAUCUUUUUGUAGGAGAGGAAGAACAUGGUGAUGAUGAAGUCCUGGAUGGUCUCCCACCAAGCUGGGGUUCCCAGGCAUCUUCAAGUGAAUCAUCUGGUUCCAGUAGCAGCGGACAUCAGCCUGGUGCAGAUUCAUCAAGCGAGGGCAGUAUAACGGACAGCCUCGACAUGGGACUGGGGGAUAUACAGCCAGAUAGUCUUGCAGGUCCAAUGGGUUGGCUGCAGAAGCAGAUGAUGUCUGGUACCAAUCCAAGAUCUAUCUUAAUGAGGAUCAUUCCAUCAGGAAUGACUAUUCCAGAUGACAUGGAUGAGUUUGAGAUGUGGUCCAUCAUUGCAGAGUACCUCCGCUCCAUCGACGAACCGCCCCCAAGACAGAAGCUGGAGCAGUACAACACUUUCGAUGAUGCCAUCCAACUCCUGAAUAGCUGCAAAAAUAUACUGGUCUUAACUGGUGCAGGAGUGUCUGUGUCCUGUGGGAUUCCAGACUUCAGAUCCAGAGACGGAGUGUAUGCUCGUCUGGCAGUGGACUUUCCAGACCUGCCCGACCCACAAGCCAUGUUUGAAAUCAGCUACUUCCGCAAAGACCCCAGACCAUUCUACAAGUUUGCCAAGGAGCUUUUCCCAGGGCAGUUCAAGCCCUCACCGAGUCACAAGUUCAUCUCUCAGCUAGAGCAGCAUGAUAAACUGCUCAGAAACUACACACAGAACAUAGAUACAUUAGAACAGUGUGCAGGGAUCACAAGAGUUAUACAGUGUCAUGGAUCCUUUGCCACUGCGACAUGUACCCGUUGUGGUCUUCUUGUGGACUCAGAUGCUAUCAGAGAAGAUGUCUUUAACCAGGUUGUUCCUGUUUGUCCCCAGUGUGGUCCAGAUAGCCCAGAGAUGGCCGUACUGAAGCCAGAUAUAGUUUUCUUUGGUGAGGGUCUUCCAAACCACUUCUAUGACAAGCUAAAUGAUGACAAAGAAGCAGCGGAUCUGCUUAUCGUCAUGGGGUCUUCUCUGAAAGUCAGACCUGUUGCAACUAUCCCAAGUCUGCUUCCAAAAGAUGUGCCUCAGAUUCUGAUAAACAGGGAACCACUGCAUCACUUGAACUUUGACAUCGAGUUGCUAGGUGACUGUGAUGUCAUCAUCAAUGAGAUCCUCCACCGACUAGGGGAUGGCUGGAACCACGUGUGCCAGUCCCAGCAGAGACUUACAGAGACCACUGACAUUCCGAAUAUACCCAAGCCCAUAGAGGCCAACAAAGACGUGCAUACAUUGCUAGAUAAAGCAGAGACUACUGUAGACGAGAAACCCAAUGUACCAAGCGCACUCGUUAAUGAGGUAUCUGAAUCAAAGCCAGUAGUUGUGAAAUCGGAAGAUGAUUUAGAGAAGUCUAUUAGUUCUUUCAAGGAGGAAGGUCAGGUUUCUGGUGGUGAUGAUAAAGUGGAGGGAUCUAAUGUUGGGGAAGAUGACAGAUUUGCCAGUUUAAACAGCCAGAAGUCUCCAAUCUUGCCAGGAGAAAAUGUAAAACAGAGUUGUGAUGAUAGACCUCAUUCUGUUGAUGAUCAGUCUUCAGCAGAACAUCAUAAUGGCUUUACCAAUGAGUCUAAGCUUCAUACUGACCCGAUGCCUCAUUCCCAAAUUAAGUCAGAUGAUUCCUCAUCAUCAGUGACAGACAGGUUACAGGGCACUGAUAAAGAUGACAAUGCCUUGGUGUCAAGCGAACCACAAACAUGCAAAACUGGUUCCACUGGCUCGUCGCUAGCUCAAACUGCACAGGGUAAGACUUUGCAAAAUGAUAGCGCUGCCGAGGCAUACAUGCUCUUUCAAAGAACGUUGGACUCGAUAGGGAACUCGUCCAAAGAUGCAGGGACCAUUGAUGUCAAGGACAGCAGCGACUUAGUAGUAAUUAAACAUGAACCAGGAAGUUCUGAAUCCCUUGAUGAUGGUGACUGGAAAGAACCAAGCUUUGAUAUGAAAAUAGGAGCAGUAGGAUUAGGUAUUAAUGACUCUGACAGGACUAAGUCGCAAGACACAAAAGAUGAUUCUGCCUCUGAAGCAGCAGCCAAUGAUGGCUCAUCGAGUAAGACUCCUGUAAAUCAGAAAGAGGAUACCAGUCUUGCCCAGGACUCUGAAACCAAGCCAAGUCCAUCCACAUCUGCUGCAACCAAAGCACCCCAGGAAACCAUUGCGACUCGCCUCAAAGAAUCAACAUAUCUCUUCAUCCCACCAAUGCGCUAUGUAUUCCAUGGCGCAGAGGUGUACCUUGAUGACGACGACGGUGAAAGUGUUCAUGACCUUGAAGGCCUACACAAUGACAUGGGUAUGGAUGACCUUCAUGAUAACCUUGAGAAUGGUGACUUUCAUACCGACUUUCACAGUGAUCUUCACAACGGUGAUGAUUUGCCCGAUUUGUUGGACGAGGAUCACGUGUCUGCUAAAGAGAAAGCUGUGUCGAUAGACGACCUCACACCAACCGUUCCCUUGACAAACAAGGAGCCCAGCCAUUGCAUUUCUGGUCAUUCAAUAUCUAAAGAACAGUUUCUCCUGCAAUCAAACGGAAGAGAUGGAUCCCCUUUUGAAGCUCCAACUGCUGAAUCUGCAUACACAAAUAUAGGGUUCCCUGAGACGCCAUAGCAAAACCAAUAUGCCUUUCUUUUUUUAGAAAUUCCAUCAAACUGCAACAGACUGUUGAUACGGCGCACUCUCAUUUCUCUCUCUCUGUCUCUCGCUCUCUGCAUCUCUCUUUCAUUGCAUGAUGGGAAGAUUACAAAUCUAGAAAGGGGGUGUAUACUUACUUUCUUUCUGUAAUACAAACUCAUUGCAAGGAUGUAGCCGACAACUGGGCCAAUCAAUAUUUACAUUCAAUUCUUACAAUAUAAAAAUUUAGAAAUCUUUGCUGUGUCUACUCAUUUUUUAUUUUUUUCCUUCAAAGCUUAUCUAUAUGAGUGUUGUUUUUUGGGGACUCCGGUUUGAAAACAUAUCUAUUUGUAGAAGAAACUUGUUGUGGGUCAUUGGGUUAUUUUUGCAAACUGGGUCAUGGCAGUUACUCUCAUUGGAACCUGGUAUAUCGAUUUGAAGAUAAAUGAAAGAUCUGAACAGGUUUAGUUCUUCUUAACUUCAACAUUGAUAUUACAGUUUUCAUACUUCCAUGUCUUUCUUGUUUGGUAUUAUCCGGAGAGACGGAAGAGUAAUGAGUGACACUAGUUAAGUGGGAGUGUAUUCAGUAAAUAUCUGUAUUCAAAAUUGACUUGUUAUAUGAUGUUGUAGUCAUAUGUUGAAGGGAGAUAUACGGGGUUAAGUAUUAAGUAGUAUAGUUCCAUUUUCAUCUUCUUUGUUUUAAAACAAUUGAAGAACUUAUUUAUUUAUUUUUUUUCAUUUCUCUUCAUAUACAUCUGAUUGAACAACCAUUUAUUGAUUUUCCUGUUAAGGUUGUAUAAAUUCUGUUAGACAAUUGGAAUUACAUUUUGUAAAGGACAGAAGAUUUGAUCUUUUGAAUGCUUAUGUUCAGUGCAGUAGUAUUGUGUACACAUUUUGCUGACCUUGGCCUUGACCUCCGGCCAAAUUAUUUGUUCAUAGUCUAUUGGACAAAUCUUAUUAUGCAGCCCUGUGACCCCGAACUCCUGGGGCCCGUCUUACAAAGAGUUACGAUUGAUCCGAUCAAUCACAACUAUGGAAAGCCAGCAACAUCAACAUCUAAAAUGCAUAUAUGAAUUCAUAUAUUCACUGUUUUCUUGACAAUUCAGUAUGCUACUCUUUGAUUUCAAAGGAGAAUGAGCAAAUUUCCUAGAGAAAUUUAUGACAUUGAUGGAUUUCCAUAGAGUUACGAUUGAUUGGAUCAAUCGUAACUCUUUGUAAGACGGGGCCCAGGUCUCAACUCAACCUCUGCUAAAUUCUAUGAAUCUGCUAUGAUCUUAUUGCUUGUGUUGGUUGAGUGAAUUCCUUCAAGAAGUUCUUGAGGUGUCAUUUUCUUGUGGAGUCAUACCUAUCCAUCAGUCAUGCGUUAAUGACCCAAUCCACACAAUUAUUUCUUUGCUGUUUUCUACCCAUGUGGAGUAACCGAGUAUCAGUUAAGCACCAGUAAUGAUGCUCUUUAUCCCUUCAUAUUCCCUGCAGCCUUAAGGUUGAAGUACAGAUUAUUUCACGAUGUACAUGAUUAUUAACAAAGAAAAGGAAAUGAGAUUACUCAUUUGAUCGAUAUGCAGUAAAUCUCAGUGAUUUUCUGACAGUUUUGCUGUCACUAGUUAGCCAAUUGUUUCCAGGAAUUUCAGUAGCUUAUAAAAGUUUUCAGUAAAAAUUACAAUCAAGGCAUUUCAUGAAAAGGUCCCCUGGAUGCAUUUCAUAUGCCUCUGACUAUAUAUAGUUGUAAAUGUACACACUGUUAAUUAAGAUGAGUGAGGUCUCUUUAGAUUUCAUCUUUCAAGCUGUUCAUAGUUAUUACCAUUUCUGGGCCCCAUUGCAUAAAAAAUUUACUAUUAAUAAUAUCUUUGCCAUCCAAUGGUAACUACCGUGGUAACAAUGCUCAUCAGCCAAUCAAAUUCAAGGAUUCCAUGCAAGUUACCAUUGGAUAGCAAAGUUACCAUAAUAAUAUAACUUUUUUGCAACAGGGCCCUGGUGGGUGUUUCAUAAAGCUGGUCGUAAGUUAAGAGCGACUUUAAGAACGACUGGUGAUCAUUUUUUGUGGUAAAUGGUAUAUACCAAAAUGUCAAUUGGCGAUGGUUUAGCGCGUAAGAAAGGAUCACCAGUCGUUCUUAAGGUUGUUCUUAACUUACGAACAGCUUUAUGAAAUGGCCCCCUGGAGAUUAUGAUUCAAGUAUAUAGAGAAUGUCACAGGUCUACUCUUACUUCCCAUUAAGAAAUAGUGGCAAACAAAAGAAAGGUCAAACACGGCAAGUCUUCUUAUUCAGUUGACAUAUGGAAAUGUUUUCAUGUGUUAAGAAUUACAUGUAUGUUUGAUAAACAACUAUAUGAGACAAUGCAAGCAAACAUGCCUCAUGUGCUUAUACUAGGCAAGAAAAAAAUGCUUAAAGGGGCACUUAUGCUUGCGCGGUUAUGUUAGCACAUAAGUUGCGGGAAUUAAAGUAGCUUGAUCCCUGAACUUGACUCAAUGCUGCAAAACUCACAUAAUGUGCUGGUUUUUUUUUAAAUAUUCCAUUGUGCAUUUUGGGGUUUUUGCAUGAUUUCAAUCAUCUUAUACAUUGGUGAGAUUGCAUUCUAAAAUUUUGAGUGAUGAAAGGCAAUUUCAGUGUGAUAAAAACUGAAAGUAACUCAAAUUCUGGGCUUUGUUCCAUGUUAUGAGUUUAGCGACAAUCGGACAGCUACUGUCCUUGACAGUAGCUAGGGUAAUUAUGCUGCAUUAGUAUGGUGUGCUCUAAAUGUGAAACUUGUUCGGAACAGGUACAUAAGAAUUGCGUUUAACAUUAAAGGCAACUCCAAAAACAAUCAAGUCUGCAGUGUGCUUCUGAUUAGAAAAAAACAAGUUUAAUUUUUGGAGUUAAUAUUAAUGGUGUACUCCAGGCUGAAAAUUAUAUGAUUUGAAUAGAUAAAAUCAGACAAACACUGGAAAUUUCAUAAAAAUCAGACAAAGAAUAGCAAAGUUAUGAUAUUUUAAAGUUUUGCACUUCAGUGAAAAGCAUGUUUUCAUGAAUAUGCAAUGAGCAAGCUGAUGAUGUCAUAUUCCCAGUCUGACUUAUUCAUUUGUAAUUUAUUACAUGAAAUUAUAUUAAUUCAAAUUUUGUCCUCCAAAAAUGAAAAAAUUGGUUUUACUGAUAUAGUUUGUAAGAUUAUCAUUGCUGCAACUUAUUUUGUUCCAAUGAAGACGUAUCAUAGAUACAUGUACUUGUAUGGGGUUAUUACAUCAGCCCACCUAAUUAUGAUGGUGUGCAUCUUAAAAACCUGAAAAAUGUAUGAAAUGAAUAUUUAUAUCUCCAUGGAUUAUGUGUGUUGUACUAUGAGAAAGCAUUGUACCCACUGCUGCUCAUAACAGGGUCUUUGUGUAGAUGGUUACAUUUGUAUGGCAGUAUACGAUGGCAAUGUGCAAUGGCAUAAUGCUGUAAUAAUGAUGCAUGCUGUAACAUUUGAGUGUUAGGAACAUACAUACAGUUGGUGACUUGUACAUGUAUAUUCAUUCAUGUGGAAUGGAGUUUGUAGUUUUGAACAUAGAAUAAACCAUUUUUUUUCAAACAAAGAUAGGAAUUUUUUUUAAUUCUUACUUUCCAAACAUUUUAGGCAAAGAAUAUGCCUUGUGCAGUAUUUGUGUACAAACAGAUCAUUUUAAAUGGUUUCCUUUAUGUAGUAAAUUUUAAUCGGCAACCAUGAUGUCAUAAACCUAUAAAUAGAAGCAGAACAUAAAUUCUUUUUCAACGUGACCAAAAAAUUCCCUUCAAAAACAGGAUAAAAGAUCCUGGUUGAAGUCUACUGAUGUGUGAAAGAAAAUCAAACCUUAAUAGCAAACAUUUCUUUUAAAAAAAAAACAGGCAAAAAUGAAAUCGAGUACUUUUGGAUAGAUUGAACUUUGAAAGUUGAGAUCACAAUUUUGGUAAAAUAAUUACAUCUUUAAAAAAAAAACGAUACUUAAGUGCCAGAAGACUUUGUUGUUUGUUCCUAGUUUAAAGUAGGCAGCUUUAAACUUUCUAUGCAACUCUAUGACAUGUUUAUUUGGAGAAAAUUGUCCUAAUAACUCUUCCCUGAUUUUUUUGUUAUAUUUCUGGGCAGAUCAAACUUCCUCUUCUUUAUUUACUAUCUGUAGAAUAAACUCAAUCCAAAAUUGUUGCAUGUCUCAUUUCAAGGCUAAAACACACCUAGUUUUCUUUUCAUCCCAGUCACCCUGUGAUUAUGUAUGUAAAUUUGAGUAUAAUUCUGAUUUGACUAGUUCUCAAAGCGAAAUCAACUUCAUAUUCAGAUAGCCAUAAAGUAAUCAGUAUACUGCCUUUCUUUAUAUUCUAAAAUGCACAUAAGAAAUAAAACAACUGAAUUUGUCAUAUAUUAUUUUUAUUGAUCAUAAAUGUUGUACAUAAUAGUGGUUCAUGUAGAAAGUAAACAUUGAAGAUACUUGUGUGAAGUAGUUUUAUAAUUAUUGUCAAUUUUAGGCAGUAUUAACAGAAGGUGAAUAAAAGAGUUUGAAUUUUA